CUUUAUUAUUGUAAUAGUAAUUUAGUUUAUUACCAAAUAAUUGUUUUGAUAAACGUUAAUUAACUCUUCAAUAUUCAAAAGAUAGUAGAGAUGCAAUUAUUUAGACAAGCAAAAAGUGAUUAUUCUUAAGAAGGGAAAGAGGUAUUGGCAUCACCUAUUACAGCUAAAGAUUAUCCAAUAGAUAAUACAUAUUCGAGCAAUUUACUUAAGAAUUAAACUCUAAGUGCUACUGUUAAGCAGAAAAAUGGAUCUCCAAAUUUAGGAGCUUAAAAGUAGAGUACAUUUAAAACAUCUUUAAAAUCGAAUGAAUCUAAAGGAUUAUCUUCUGUUGUAAAGAAAAGUAGAAAAUGGGAUGCAAUUAAAGAUGUUUAUAAUGCUUAGAAAUUUUAAAUCGCGGCACUAAAAACAUUAUUCAAAAGAUUGGAGACAUAUCAAAAAGGCAGCGAUAAAUCUUAAGCUCUAUAAAUAAAAAAGAGAGAUUUGAUUUACAUCGAUCCUGAUAACUCUUUAUAUUUUAUAUGGAAAUGCAUAACUGGAAUCGCUAUGCUCUACUAUCCAAUUAUGAUUCCAAUAAGAAACUGCUUUGAAUUGAAUAACUAUGAUCAUAUUGUAUACGAUUACUUUCUUGAUGGAUUGUUUCUUAUUGAUAUUUUUCUCAAUUUUAUUACUGGGAGAAUAGAAGAGGGAGUUAAAAUCUAAAAUGUUGGAAAAAUUUCCAAAUUAUACUUGAAAUAAGAAUUCAUUUAUGAUAUUAUUGCUAUUUUUCCAUGGCAGAAAUUAGAAAAAAAGACAACUUCAUUUGGAUUUAUACUUCUUAAAUUGCUUAGAUUACGGUAUAGAAGUAGAUUUAUUGAAUUCUUGAGAUCGUUUAUUUUUAAAAUAUUUGGAAGUGGUAAAAAUAUUUAGUAUGCUCUUCUUACCUACAAUAUAUUAAUAAUAUUGUCUUAAGUUUUAUUUUGUAUACACAUGCUAAACUGUAUAUGGAUAACUCUAGGAAAAUUUAAUGACGGUAAAACAAGCUGGAUACAAUUAGUUAUUUAAGGAGAUGAAAAUAUUGAAAAUUAUAUCAAAACUCUUUAUACAAAUGGAUUUUAUUACAUAGUAACAACUAUUUCAACCGUAGGAUAUGGAGAUAUCUCUUGCUAAACUUCGUAUGAAAUGUUUUUUGCUUGUUUAUGCAUGUUCUUCGGUAUAGCACUUUUUGGUUAUAUUUAAGGAGGGUUGGUAGAUGCCAUAAAGCAUUCUCUUCUUUCAGGAGAAAUUAAAUAAAGCAAUGAUGAAAAUGAAUUUUAAACAUGGCUUAUUUAAAGAGAACAAAACAUAGAGUAUCCACUAUCUAGCAAGAAAUUGAAAACAAUGAGAGAAUGUUUUUAAUUUUCAAGUAAAUAUGAGUUUUCUAAUACAGUUCUCGAAUCAGAGUAUUUUUAAGAUCUUCCACCAUUAGAUUAAGCAAAAGUGUUUGUUUUCUAUUUUUCUGAAUUUGUCACAGUGUACAGUACUUUCUUUAGGAAUAUUUCAGACGUUUCACUAACUAGAUAAAUUAUAGGGGCUUUGAAACCUGUUUAUAUUCCAAAAGACACGAUAGUAUAGGGUUAUUUGUGCAAUUCUAAUGGGAUUUAUUUCAUUUUCAAAGGAUAAAUAAUAGUCUAAAAAGUUAUUGAGGUCAAUGAUAAAUUGGAGCUAUUACCAUUCAGAGAGCUUACUCAUGGCUCUUUUAUAGGUGAAAAUUGUCUCCUGAAAAAAUCUUCGAGAUUUAACUAUGUAGUAGAUUAGGACACAGAUUUGUAUUGCUUUUUUAUCAGUAGUGAAUAAAUUUAUCAAAUUUUAGAAGACUACCCAUUUGUCUUUCAACAGCUAGUUAAAUUUGCUUCAUUUAGAAACAAAUUUUUUAAGCUUGAAGGAGAGAAGGUUGAAUAGCAGAAUUAAAUUUAUAAAACAACUCAUUAACCAAGAAAAUCCUUUUUUCGAAAAUAAACAGAAAAAAAUUUCGAAAAAUAAAUGACUUAACAUAUUGAAUUAAAUGCAAUAAAAGAAACAACAAAUAACAACAGUGAUGAAGAAAUUGAAUCGGUAUAAUCAGAAGAUGACAAUUAAGAUGUUUAAGUUGGCAAUAAAAUGUAGCUAUUAUAUCAAUUUGAAAAGAACUCAGAAGAUUAAAAACAAUAAAUAUUCACUGAAAUUUAAUCUGAAAAUAUCAUAACUAAUUUAUUCAAAUAAAUGAACAUCUUCUCCUAAACUUUCAAGCAUAAGCGCCAUAGCAAUAUUUAAAAUUAAUAAAUUCAAAAUAAUGAUUAAAAGAGUAUUACAAAAAAAUAAGGUAUGUUUGAUGAAUUUUAAAAAGAAAAAUAAUCUAAUGAUAGUAAAUCUCCUCAAUAAGACUACUCUCAGUUGCCUAAAUCCGAAUUAGGAGGAAGCAGUCCUAAUUAAUAAGCAAAUUAAAAUGAUACUAAUUGUUAGUUAGCUUAAAUAAAUUUAUCUAUUAAUCCACAUUAAAAUUAUGAAACCUUGAUAAAAAGUUAAAUUUCUUAAAAUAAGUCAGAUAACUAAGAUACUCUACGUCAAAACUUAAUUAGGGAAGAUUCAAUUUUUUCUGAUAUGUCAGAUAAAAGUAGCUUACCUAACUAAAUAAGAUAUGAUCUAAAAAAAACAAAGCAAAGCCUAUUUAAAUAAAGUGAAAAAAAAGUUAACAGUUUUUAAAAUGUUAAACAUAUGAAGUCAAGCUCAUAUUCUCAAAUAAACAUAUAAAAAUAAAUUAAAAAAUAGACCCUUAAAAAAAAUAAAAGUAUGUAUAUAUUAGGUAAAUAAAUUCCAUUUAUUUAUUAAAUCGACUUCCUAAAUAAUUAAAAAAUUAACAAUCCAUUAAAUUAAAACGAGGAGUAAACUAAAGAAGCUAAACAGAGUAUAAAUUAAGUGAGAUAUUUUGAGGUAAACCCUAACAGAAAAGACUCUUCUAAAAAUUCAUAUUAUGAUUCUCAGAAUUAAAAUAAUAAAAUUCAGUUUUAAAAUAAUAAUUUAACUGAUUCUUCUAAAAUAGAUGCAUAAGAAAAACUUAAAGAUGAAAUAUUGUUUACUGAGCAAUCUUUAAAAAGUGAACUAAUCCCUAAAACAAAAAUACAAAGUUAAUAAACAGAAAAAUCAGUCUAAGAAGUAGAAUUAAUAAACUUGGAAUCAAUAAAUGAUUAAACUGAAUCAGAUUUAGAGGACUUGCAAAUAAAAUAAUAGAAUUUAAGUUAUUUUAAACAAGAAAAAUCAACUUACAUAAAGAAAUUCUUAUAAAAUUUAAAUAACUAGGAAAAUAAUAGCAUGCAAGAUCAAAAUAAAAAUGAACUGGAUAGUAUGCCAUAAGAGCAGCUAAUCUAAAAUUCAACAAUUCAAUAAAUCAAUGAAAGAGGUAGUAUUGUUUAAUAAAAGAAUUUACAAAAGGACUAUUAGCUUUUAUAAAGUAAAUAAAUUGAAUAAGACUUAAGCAAACUUAAUUGGUGUUAAAAUUUUUCAAAAUCAUCCAGCUAAAUUAAUUAAUAAUAAGCUGCUGAAAAACAACCAAGCACUUAAAUUGAGUAGCUGAAUUCUUAAUAGUAUUUAAAAAAUAUUGAUAAAAGUAAAAAUAUUUUAGACAUUAAUUUAAUUACUUAAGAUUGUGAAAAAGAAUAAGAUUAACUUCUAUUUAGAAAAAUAGAAACUCUUUAUUAACCUUAGUCAAGAUAAAAUAAUCAUAAGAACUCUGGUGAAUUAAUUGAAACUACUACACAAAAUAAUAGUGAAAAUAAUAGUGUAAAAAAUAUUAAAAGAAAUUAAACUAUUGGUUAAAAUACACACAAAAAAUACUAAUCUGACAAAAAGGUUGCCUCCAAUAAUAAAAAAAAGAUAUAUCAAUCAUAAAUUCAGGGCAUUAUGAAAUAAGCUGAAAUAGAAACUAUGUCAUAUAGAAGCAGAAAUGAAUCAAAAUUUUAAUAAAAUGAAAACCAAUAAUCUAUGAAUUAAAAUUAAAUAAAUUUAAAUCAAAAUUAACGAAAUAGAAAUAAAUCAAAUUUUGUUAAAUAAAUUAAUGUAGAUUAAAAUUAGAAUUCUUAAUCUCCAAAUAAUAUAAAAUAGAGUUCCCCACGUAAUAAUAAAAAAAAAUUAAAUUCUAAUAAGCAUGCUCGCAAAGUUAGUAAUGAAAUUCUUACCCCCUUAAAUUAAUAUUAAUAUAAGGGAGGCAACAAAUCGUUCACAGUCUUAUUAAGCUAAAAUUAACAUGAGAAUAAUACGCAAGAACAUCUCUCAAAUUUUAAAGCCCUCAUUUAGAUUAUGAAUGUUGUGCGAAAUAGUAAACCAAAUGAAAAAUAAGAAUAAAAUGAUAAUGCUAUUUAUCAAAAAGAAGAAAAUACAUUCUCAAAUGAUUAAAAUAUUGAUUUGAAAUUGUCAGCAUAUGUAUAAACUGAUAUUGAUGAAGAAGAAGAAGAAAAAAAAUAUGUAGAAAAUAUUUUAGAUAAGUCAAUUGAUGUCCCUAUAGGUCUAAUAGAGCCUUCGUUUACUACAGAAGAGCUAGAUAACAUUUUUCCAUAUUUAAAGAGUACAGUAACUAGGCUAGAUAGAAGGGCAGAUGAUUUAUUCAAGAGCAUUAACGAGUUUAAAGUGUUUUGUCUUGAAAAAGUAUAAAAAAUAAAAUCUCUUAAAAAGGCUAAAUCUGCUAAAUCAUCCUAAAAAAAUAUUCCUAAUCAGGAUAAAAAAGAUUGUAAAUAAGUCCUUCAAACUUAAAUAUUAUUUUAAAAAGUAACAUUUUAGUGA